AUGUCCCUUCCGUUACGUAAUCCAUUAGAAAAUAUAACUACUUUAGAUAGAGCAUUAGAAGAUUUACUAGUAAGAUUUAUAAUCAAUUGUCCCGAGGAAGAUUUAUCGAGUGAAGAACGUGUUUUGUUUCAAUUUGAAGAGGCACAUUGGUUUUAUGCCGAUUUCAUCAAAAUUUUAAAUCCUAAAACGUUACCUAAUUUAAAAAUUAAAAAUUUUGCGUCUAAAAUCAUUGAACUAUGUCCAUUGAUUUGGAAAUGGACUGAUGAAACUGCUGAUGAAGCUUUGCAAAAAUUUUCUCAGUAUAAAAAAACUAUUCCAGUCAGAGGAGCCGCCAUUUUUAACGAACAUUUAAAUAAAAUGCUACUAGUCAAAGGAACUGAAAGUGAAUCUUGGUCAUUUCCUAGGGGGAAAAUAAGUAAAGACGAAAAUGAUGUAGACUGUUGUAUUAGAGAAGUCAUGGAAGAGACCGGAUUUGAUUUAACUGAUUAUAUCGAUGAAAACGAGUAUGUCCAAAGAAACAUUGGUGGGAAGAAUUACAAGAUUUUUUUGGUUAGUGGUGUUCCUGAAAAUUUUCCAUUUAAACCUUUAGUUAGACAUGAAAUUGAGGAUAUUAAAUGGAAAGAUUUUAAAAAAUUGGUAAAAUCUAUUUACAAUAACAAUACGAAUGUCAAGUUUUAUUUGGUCAAUGCCAUGAUUAGAUCUAUUUCUUUAUGGAUCAAGAAACAAAGACAAAUUAAAGGUGAUGAUAGAUUGAAAAUUUAUGUGGAAGAGCAAUUAAAGAUUUUAUUGGGGUUGAAAAAGGAGAAUGUUAAUGAUCCUGGUAGAGAAUUAUUGAAUAUGUUGCACUCUGCCGUGAAAAAGGAGGAAAUCAAUGGUGUAAGCACUAAAACUGCCGCUGGAACUGAAAAUGUUCUUGCUAAUAAAGAUACAAGUAAGAAUGACAUUCAUAACGUGGAAAAUGACGUAAUUGAACGUCCAAGCCCUCAAGUAACUGCCUCAACACCUUCACAACAACAUAAUAUUUUGCUACCUUCAGGUGUUCCUCCUUUUUUGCCACCUCAAUUCUCUCAUGUUUUCCCCUCGAUGUAUCCAUUUUCUCCUAAUAACUCUAUUGUGCCAGAAUCACCUAAUUUUGAAGUUCCCCACCAAUUACUAACCCCAAACAACGAAAUAAUUAGUACAGUUCCUGCUAAUAAUAAUAAUCACGCCAUUAUUGGAAACACAAACAGUGGCUACAUUAAUAAAAGUAAUACUUUGCCAAUGCAUAUGGUUAAUAUUUCAAAUGAAAGCAGUCAUAUGCGCCCACCUAGUACACCUAUUUUACCACCACCUUCUCUAUUCUUGUCGUCUUCUGGGAUGAAUCCAGCCAUGAAUGUUCCAUUGAAUAACAGUAUUAAUAGCAACAUUGCUAAUGCCAACGUGAUGCUACCAUCUCCGAUGUUAAGACCAGUGGAUAAUACUCGAAAUGAUACCAAUGAUAACGUAAACCACGUUGAUCCUGCAUCGCGUGAUUUAUUAAAUAUAUUGAAAAAAAGUGCUUCGCAAUCGAAAACAACAACUAACAAUAGUAACCAUGAUAAUGGCAUGGAUAGUUUCCCUGAAAACCCAAAUACUCAAAAAAAGACGAAACAAAACGGGAAUGCAGCUGAACUACUUGGAAUAUUGAAAAAUAAUAGUAAUAACAUUAGUAACAAUGAUAGUUAUAAUAACACAUCUCCCACCAAGAAGCCUGUAAUUUUGAAAAGAGAUAAUAUUACCGCUGGAAAUGAUAAAAAUAAUGAAGAUGGAAGUCAAAACCUGUUGCAAUUAUUGAAAAAUGGGGGUACGUAUAGUAAGAAAGACGCUAUUAAUAGCAAUGCGCAAGACAAAAAUAAUGGCAACGAAUUAUUACAAUUAUUGAAGAAUCCUAAUGCUUCAAAUGUUACUUCUAAUACUUUGAUUGCAGAUACUAAAAAGAAUAAUGGAAUUAAUGUUUCGGAAUCUUUUAAUGGAUACGAAGAUUUUGAAUCGUCUUCUUCUUCUUCUUCUUCUUCAGAUGAAGACAUUGUUACAGAUGAUGAGGAAAAGGAAGAAAAAGAAGCACAGACACUAUUAGAUGAAUCGGACGAUGAGCUAACUUCCAUUAUUAAUGAGGAUGAAAUUGAAGAAAAAUUGAAAGAUGAAGUUUUACAUGUAGAUAAUAAAUCUACUAACUCCGUUAUUUCAUCUAAUGGCGAUUAUGAUAAACCAGAAAUGUGCCAAACAAUGUUUGAAAUGAAAACUCUCGCUGCACCUUCUCUGACUUUUGCCUCACCAUCUUUAUCUUCUACUUCAAUUGAAGGAGGGCGUGUUAAUGACGAGAAGCCUAAAAAAUUUAAAUUAUUGAAAAGAGGUGAAAAAAUAGAUGAUAUUAUUAAUAAAAAUAACAAGAAUUCUUCUUUAUGCCCAGAAUCCUCUGUAUGCCCAAUAAAAGAUACUAUAUCGUUGUCAGCUCAAACGAAACAGCCUAUAGCGGAAGCUUCUACGGUCAACAAAUCGGAUAAACAAGUUUUAUUGAAUACAUUAAAAUCCCCUUCUAAUAUUACAACCACUAGCUAA